GGGGACAAGAUCUAGUCCCUUGCUUUUGAAUAUUGGUACCAGAUAUCAUAUUUUACGGCAUUCAUACGGAAUAACCAUGGCGAAGAAGAAAGACAAGAGCCAGGGCGACGAGAUAGGAAAUACAAACUCCCCAUCGGCGUCAACGGCCGCAUCAACAGCAAAGCCAGCGAAACCAGCGAAAGAUUCGAAGACACAACAGCAACACUCAACAUCCGCUCUUAUCAUAUGUCGCAACAAGCAUUGGCGUUAUAUCUCUUCUUUCCACGGUCCAUGGCUUCAAUUGCCCCCCGAAGUUCUCGAAAGUCUUGCCAACAGUAACUACAAUCUACCUAGACCUCGACCUAUCGACCCUGCAGUAUUUUUUGACCUCCUCAAAAUAAGACAACUAGUCGAUGAUGCUACGAACCUCGCUGUGCGAGCAGCCAGCGGGGUGACCUCCUCGUCCCUUACAAAUUCCCAAAAUGCGGGCAAUGGAUUACUGGGCAAUGGCGGGGUCGCAUUAGGACUUGGCCUUGGUGGAGGAGGGGGGAAUGCAAAGCUUAGCCGGGAAAGAAAACACAGGAUGAGGGAACAGGCGACACAGAAACUAUCCAAGGCGUACCAUUUGGAUGAGAUUGCUUGUAGUGUUGCAACCAUGCAAUCUGCAUCUACUCUUGAAGAUGUGGCCCAGCUUGUGCUGCAGCGGAACCCACUCGAUGCUGAUGCGAAAUAUGUUCAUUUCUUCCAUGAAAAGAUACCAUCUCGUCAGCUUGCUGAGUGCACCAGUCUCCAGCCAUUGGAUGAAGUCAUUGCCGAAAGACCUCAUGAAGGUGAAAUCUUGAGGACGCGUGCUGUCACAAAGAUAUUUAAGGAUGACUUUAUAGGCGCAGCCCAAGAUCUCACGAGAGCUUUACAAGUUUGUAGAUACUAUCAGAGCCAACAUAAAGCGGGACGACAACAACUUCAACUAGCCAGCGAAGCGGCAGCUGAAGCUCAACGUAACAGCCGACGGAAGGAGGAAAUCAAGCUGGAUGAGCAAGACCAGCCAAGCAGCCUCGAGACUCAGCUACUUUUUCACCGUGCUGGUGUCUACUUAACUAUUGCUUGUCAACAUGUCAAUGAAGCUCUUCCACCUAAGAAUUCCCAGAAUGGGGUUAACGGUACCCAGCCCCAGGAUGCUAAUGGUAAUAGCGAUCAACCCACAGAGGAAGUCGAGUUGACUCCAGCUGAAAGAGAAGCACGCCGAAAACGACUGGAAGCCCGCAAGGUCGUCAAGACAAACGCUAAGAGGGCUCUCAGAGAUUACAUCUCUUAUUUAUCUCAUUUCGACUAUACUCCCGGGCUUCCAGCUACGAUCACCGAGGAGUUUGUACGCAAAGUAAACCAAGCAGCAAGUGGGUUCAAGAUACCAAGGCCCCAUAAUCAUGGAAGAAGCCUGGAUCUCGAGAGUAAUGCUUCAUUGAGUAAUGGUCAACUAUCUGAUGCUCUUGUUCCUCACAACGGCGUGCAUACAAAUCGAAGUCGGCCCUCACCUGGUUUAUCACGAAACGCUGACCUCCCGACCCUUCCUGCGCCUGCAGUAUAUCAGAUCUCAGAUCUCUUCUCAGCAACGCCGCCUGCAGAUCUACCACCGUAUCCAGAGACGGCCACCGCACUUACAACAAAGCAACAAAUGCAGGCUUCCCAGAAUGAAGCUGCAAAAGCUUUUCUCGCCCAGACUGAUUGCCAUGAGGCUCUGACUUAUCACCCACUUCUUACAGAUGCGCUCCACUCUUUGCUUCUUUGUCAUUGCCUAAUACAGACAUCAGCUCGAGAGCUUCAGCGUCACGCCCAUAUGGUAGCCAGACUUGCCCGAGUCUGCGAUGGCUAUCCAAUUUUUCAAGCGUCACGCUCUCCAAGUCGUGCUGAUUGGAUCGAAGUUGUCCGCCGUGGGGACAAUUGGAUACAGCUGCAACAGUCAUGGGAAUCUCUUUGCGCUCCAGCUCCCUUACCGGGUCAGAUGCCUACAAACCAGCAGAAGGAAACUCCUGCAGAGAAAAAAGAACGCCUGAAGCAACAAGCCAUAAUGGAAGCCUUAGAAGAUGAUAGGGUUCAUGACGAAGCUAGCUUUCAUGCUGCAGUUGCUGCUAGACAACGAAGACAAGAAGAAGAGGCUAGAAAGGCUGAAGGUAGAGAAAUGCCCAAGCGUUGGGCUCAGGAGGAUGGGAAAGAGUAUCCCAUUAGUACUGAGAGAGCUCAAGCUAUUGUCCGUUGGAUCAAAGAAGCCCCUGUUGGUGGUGAAACUGGUGGACCUCGUAAGAAGAAAAGGGCUACAAAGCCUGGAUCAAAGGGCAAGGCUGAAGACGAAACCGAAACCUCGGCGGUCGACUUGAAGGUUGAUGGGGCAGAGAAGUAUGAACCUGUUGAGGAAGAAGUCGAUUGAGCUUGCGAUAUUGAAUACUAGGUAAAUUAGUGUACGAAUACUUACCAAUCAUAUACAUAAUUGGGAAAUAGGACGCCUGUUCGACCCUACCCUUUCAAAAGAGAGGUGUAUGGCUUGCAAGAGAAAGUAACAAGGCUUCUCGAUUGGUUCAGACACUACAACCAACCCCCUCU